UCAAAAAAAAAUCUAAAAGUGGUCCCUCGACGGCUCGAACCCUCGAAAAAAAAAGCGGCACCUCGGUUGGUUCGAUCCGGCGGCGGCGACGCCGGUCAGGUUUUCCGGCGGAGAAGCUUCGCGCGACGACGGAUCCUGGCUGGCGAUGGGGUGCGGUGGGAUUCGGAAAAGUGAGCGGCGACGGUGGUUCGGUGGCGGAUGCGACGGCGGCGGCUCCGAUUGCGUGGCCGCUGUGGUGCUUCGAUUCCGGGGUGCCGUCGGCGCAGUCGGGACGGGACACGGCCGGCGGUGGUCCACGCCUCCUCGGUCGGUGGCUUUGGUCAAGACAAGUGUGAACAUCAAAGACGGGGCAGCAUCGGAUGCUCUCGCUAUUCCUCUGAAGCAAUGUCAGGCUCCAUCAAUUCCUCUCCAUCAACAUUGCGAUGUCAGGUAACACUGCAAUGCAAUCAAUGGCUGGCUCACUUAUUGCUCCGCAUCGGCAGCUGCUCCAUAGCACAAAUGCACCUCGGCCUGGCAGCUGAUCCCCUCACCAUUUUGCUCCACACCCACCCCACCACUACCAGAUCUAGCCUUGGCACCAGCACCUUCUGCAGCAGCGAGCGACGAGAGGCAUGGAGGCGACGGUGGUCAGCGUGGGAAAGUCCGUGCUCGUCGGAGCGCUAGGCUACGCCAGGUCCAAGGCCGCGGAGGAAGUUGCCCUGCAGCUUGGAGUUGAGGGUGAUGUCUCCUUCAUCGCCGAAGAGCUCGAGAUGAUGCAGUCCUUCCUCAUGACUGCCGACCAAGGGCGCGGCCAGCAAAAGGUGAUCACCACCUGGGUGAAGCACGUCCGCGACCUGGCCUACCUCGUGGAGGACAGCCUCAUGGACUUCUCCCUCCUCUCGGAGAAGAAGAAGUCUUGGUGGCGCAGCCGGCGAACCAUGGUGGAGCGCCGCCGCAUCGCCAAGGAGAUGAAGAAGCUCAGGGCCAAGGUAGAGGACGUGAGCAACAGAAACUUCCGUUACCGCCUCAUCGGCGACAGCUCAGGUUCCAAGCCUACCGUGGCAGAGGAGCAUGCCGGCAUUGCUGCUGCGGCAAUGUUUGUCGCUGUUGAGCGCAGUCCAUCAUCAAAGGUGGACCUCCGCCAGCUUAUUACGAGCAAUGAUGUGGACCUCAGGGUGAUCGCCGUGUGGGGAACUAGCGGUGAUCUCGGGAAGACGUCUGCCAUCCAUGAGGUUUAUGAAGACCCAAAGUUACAGAAAAAGUUUGGAUUCUGUGCUUGGAUUAGCUUGAUGCAUCCUUUCGAUCCACAAGAGUUCCUCAGGAGCUUGGUGAGGCAAUUUUAUGAAAAUUCCCAUGAUGAGGCCGGAGAACUAGACCAGGAAACGAAUGUUGGGGCUAAUGUUCUGACCAAGAUGGAGAGGAUGAAUCAAAGUGAUUUAGUCUGUGUGUUUACUGAGCAGUUGAGUAGAAAUAGUUACCUGGUUGUAAUUGAUGACCUAUCCACAAUAGCGGAGUGGCAUUGUAUAAGGAAGUACUUUCCUGACAACAAGAAACAAAGUAGAAUCAUCGUAUCCACGCAGCAAGCAGAAAUUGCAAGCCUGUGCAUAGAGAAAACGUACCAAGUUUCGGAAUUCAAGCAGUUGUCAUGUGAUCAAACUAUCUAUUUGUUUCACAAGAAGACUUCAGAGGAACUGGUUAGUGUUAAUGAGGCAAAGUUGGACAGCAAUGAUGAAGCAAGGCUUGCUGCUGUGGAGGAGAAACUGAAGGGUAUGCGUGCAUCAUGUUCUGCCAUGCCCAUUUCUCACUUAAAGAAAGUUGCUACUACCGAGAAAAAUACAACAAUGCUCACCAAUGAAAUACAGGAGGAAGAUCCAGAACCCCAAAAUGCAGGUGAAGACAAACUUUACAAUUCAACUGCUAGAAAUAAAUUUGAUCGCAGCAGGACACUGGUGCUAGCUGAUGAAGUGCUAUGUGGGCGAGAAACAGAGAAAUCCAUUCUUAUUAAAUUAGUUGGCCAACCAGACAACAAUGAUGGCUGUAAGGUAAUCUCAGUUUGGGGAAUGGGGGGUCUUGGGAAAACAACUCUUGUCCGAAGUAUCUACCAAAGCCAGCAGCUUGGUGGUUGGAAGCGUGCUUGGGCCACUGCAAUGCGUCCUUUUAAUCCUGAAGUACUCCUUAGAGAUUUGGCUUUGCAGCUUCAGCAUACUAUUCAAGAAGAUCCUACCGGAUCAGCAACAAUUGGAAUACAAAAGAAAAGCAUAUUGGGGAUGAAACUUCAAGAGUUGAAGGAGGAGUUAGUUCGGGUGCUAAAAAUGGAAAGGUGCCUUGUUGUUCUUGAUGAUAUAUCGUCCACUUCUGAAUGGGAGUUGGUCAAAUCGUAUUUGGAUAAUGCUGGAAGAAUCAUAGUCACCACAAGAGAAAAAAAUAUUGCCAGGCAAUGUUCAGGAGAAUACAAGAACAUGUGCUAUCUUGAAGGUUUGACAGAUGACGCUGCACUUGACCUCUUCAUAAAGAAGGUAUUCAAGGAUAAUAUUGGAAAAAAUGAUUUAGUCCCAGCUAUGAUGGAGCAAGCAAGAGUUACCCUGCAGAAAUGUGACGGACUUCCCCUUGCAAUAUCGACUAUUGGUGGAUUCCUAGCCACUAAGCCAAAAACUGCUAUUGAAUGGAGGAAGAUGAAUGAUCGUAUUAGCACUGAAUUGGAAAUAAAUCCAGAACUUAGGACAAUAAGGACAAUUCUUAUGAGGAGCUACGAUGGUCUGCCAUACCAUCUCAAGUCAGCUUUCUUAUACUUGUCCAUUUUUCCAGAAUACCACAGAAUAAGGUGGGGUCGCUUGGUGAGGCGGUGGAUUGCAGAGGGUUACUCAAGGGAUAUGCAUGGCAUGACUGCAGCUGAAUUUUGUCAGAGGUACUUUGACGAGCUCCUGGAUAGGAGUAUGAUCCUACCAGGGGAAGGCAUAGACCAUUACAGCCAGAAAAUCAGUUCUUGCCAACUUCAUGAUAUGAUCCGUGAAAUAUGCAUCUCAAAGGCUAGGGAGGAAAACCUUGUUUUCACGCUUGAGGAAGGCUGUUGUUUGAGCGACACACAAGGUGCAAUACGCCAUCUUGUCAUAGGAAGCAAUUGGAAAAGGGAUAAAGAUGCGUUGGAGAGCAUGCUAGACUUGUCGCACGUACGGUCAUUGACCGUGUUCGGAGAAUGGAGAUCAUUUUUUCUCUCUGAUAAUAUGAGGUUCCUGCGAGUGCUUGACUUAGAAGACACGCUGGGGUUAAGAGAUCAUCAUCUUGAUCAAAUCGGGAAGCUCAGUCACCUCAAGUACCUUUCUCUACGAGGAUGUCACAGCAUUUUAUAUCUUCCUAAUUCUUUGCGGAAUUUGCAGCACCUCCAAACGCUGGAUGUUAGAGGUACAAGUAUAUUUGAGUUACCAACAACAAUCACCAAUCUUAGGAAGCUACAACACCUUCGAGCAGAUGGUUAUUGGAACAGAGGAUGCAAUGUCAAGGAAAAGGAUGACAUAGUUAAGAAUUAUGAAGAUUACACUGGUUGCAUUUCCAAUUCUGCAUGUCAAACAUGUGGCAUUUGUUUUCCGCGAGGUCAUCUUUUCUUGAGACCACAAAGUUUAGACGCUGGUUUGAACAGGUAUGAUAUACUCAAUCUGUUCCGUGUAUCUAAGGUGCGUCGAUGUGGCAUUGUACUUCCUAGAGGGAUUGGUGAACUGAAGGACCUUCACACACUAGGUGUUGUCCAUGUUUCUCGUAGCAAUGGAAAGGCCACUAUAAAAGAGUUUGUAGAUCUUACUCAGCUCCGUAAGCUUAAAGUGGUUGGUAUGAGCUACAGAAACAGCAAUGAUUUUUGGUCUGCCAUUGCUGGUCACAAUCAACUUCAGUCUCUGUCAGUUGAAGCAAAGGAGGAUCUGCCCGAAGAGAGGAAUCGUUUAGAUGGCUGUCUGGGUGAGGGUUUGUUGCCACCAAGCAGCCUCGAGAGCCUCACUCUGUUUGGUAGGCUAGUCUGUGUGACAGCAUGGAUCCAUAAGCUUCAGAAUCUCUCCAAGUUGGUGCUAGAGCGUACCGAAUUGAAGCAGAAUGAUGAUGCCAUACAAGCCCUUGGGUGUCUACCAUGUCUUGCAGUUCUUCGCCUGAAGAAUAACUCGUUCGUGGGGACACAGCUCCAUUUCCAGAGCUCAUUUUUCCAGAGUUUCAUGGUGCUGGAGCUCGAUGGAUUGAGUGACCUAGAAUCGGUGUUGUUUGGAGAUGACACAAUGCCUAAGCUGGAGCUGCUACAAGUUAGUUGGUGCUACUGCUUGGGAGAGGACGCAUUCUCCGGUCUGACAGCCCUCAUAAGCCUCAAGGAAAUUCGGUUGACUAGUAAACGUGUGCAGGAAGAGGUGCAGAGGCAGGUCGCGGAACAUAUGAAGCACGUCAGGGUGAAUAUCAUCUAAACUCUAUUCUCUCUCUAUGUGUCUCAUGACGUGCUUACACACAUGCAUAAACCAAGUAUUUGUUCCUCUAGUACUAGCAGAUAGCCAGAGACCGCAGUUCUGAGAUCUGAAAGAUGUUUGUUCAUCCUACUGAAUUUAAUUUCUUGACUCUAGCGGCAACUCCAAGGUUACAAAUCUGUACUUUUUUUUUUUCAUUGAGCGAAUAGGCGUUGCAGAACUACUGAUUGAUGUACAUAUUUGUUUUGAAAAAACUGUGUUAAUGCAUGAUACUCGGCUCAAUUCAGCAGUGCUGUAAUACAUACAGAGCUCUUCCAUUGCGGUCU